GGAACGUGACACAGCUGAGGCGGCACGGUCACUUCUCCAGGUGCCCGGAGGAGUACAAGCAUUACUGCGUGAAAGGGAGAUGCCGCUUCCUCGUGGCCGAGAAGGCGCCCGCUUGUGUGUGUGAGCGAGGCUACACGGGGGCUCGCUGCGAGAGGGUGGACAUCUUCUACCUGCGGGGUGACCAGGGCCAGAUCGUGGUCAUCUCGAGCUCCAGGUACCUGCAGGCGGGUCCCGGAGGGCAGCACCGGCUGGCUCGAUGG